GCGCCGCCUCCGCUGAUGCCGCUGCUAGUCGAGGGGCGGCGGGUGCGGCUGCCGCAGUCCGCGGGGGACCUCGUGCGCGCCCACCCGCUUCUGGAGGAAAGAGCCAGACUUCUCAGAGGUCAGUCUGUUCAGCAAGUGGGACCCCAGGGCCUUCUGUAUGUUCAGCAAAGAGAGCUUGCAGCGGCCUCCCCGCAGGAUGGCUCCAUCUCCAUCCUGGGUUCUGAUGAUGCCACCACCUGUCACAUUGUGGUCCUGAGGCACACAGGUAACGGGGCCACCUGCCUGACCCACUGUGACGGAAGUGACACCAAAGCGGAGGUCCCCCUGAUCAUGAGCUCCAUCAAAUCCUUCUCCGACCACGCUCCGUGUGGAAGGCUGGAAGUGCACCUCGUGGGAGGCUUCAGUGAUGACAGGCAGUUGUCACAAAAACUUACUCAUCAACUUCUUAGUGAAUUUGACAGACAAGAAGAUGACAUUCACUUAGUGACGUUGUGUGUGACAGAACUAAAUGACCGGGAAGAAAAUGAAAAGCACUUUCCAAUCAUCUAUGGCAUCGCGGUCAACAUUAAAACUGCAGAGAUUUACAGAGCCUCCUUCCCAGACCGAGGCCCGGAGGAGGAGCUGCGUGCCGCCCGAGCUCUGACAGGAGGCCCAAUGAUUAGUAUUUACGACGCAAAGACAGAACAACUUCGUAUAGGACCGUACUCCUGGAUGCCAUUUCCACAUGUGGAUUUCUGGCUGCAGCAAGAUGAUAAGCAAUACUAGAGAAUCUUGUUUUUCCAGAACCUCUCCACUUCACCUCUGGCUGAGCCACCCCACUUUGUCGAACAUAUUAGAUCUACCUUGAUGUUCUUAAAAAAACACCCAUCUCCAACCAACGCACUGUUUCCCGGAAACAAGGCUCUCCUCUACAAAAAAAACGAAGAUGGUUUAUGGGAAAAGAUCCCUUCUCCAGGAAGCUGAACACGGGCAUCACCAAAGAGCAACUUUUGGCCUGAGAGACACCACCAUGGGGACCGUGGGGCCUGGAAAGAAUACGAACCAGAAUCCGCAUCCGCUGAAUCUUAGGUCUCCUUCCUUACUGUCCUUCAAAUGACUUUAAAAAUAAAAUCUUAUUUUCGCGAA